UAUGUGUGCAAAAUAAACAAGGCGUCAUUCCGUAAUUAAACUUAAUUUUUGUGGAAUUCUUUUAUAAGAGGCGUUUAAUUGUUGUGAUUAUAUAGAAAACGCCUUGCGUUAUGAACGUAUUGCUUAAGUGAAUUGUGUGUGUUUUGUGUUUGUAAAGCUCUUAGUACACGGCGAGGUGUAAAAAACCGCAUAACCUCUUGACCAACAACAACAGUGGAGGGCACAGUCUAAACGAGAAUGACAGAAGAAGCGCCAAGCAGCAAAAAAAUGCCGCGAAAACCAAGAUCAGCGCCAAUAAAUAUAGCACCGAACACUCCUACCAAAUUGGGAGCUAACGAUGAAAUAUUAAGUUCACUUCUACGUCUAAAUAAUUUCGAUUCAAAUAUUAAGGAUGAAUCGUUGGACAUCGAUUUAUCUGCCUGCGUCACCAUAAGCGGCGACUCGGCCGCUAUGCUCGCCACCACUAACAGUCUAUCAAGUACGGAUUUUUGGCGAGUUUUAGAUGAAAGCGCGCAAAAUGCGCACCUUGAAUUGACGAAUGCUAGUGAUGAUGUGCAACACCAACUGGUUUGUGCCAGUUUAAGUGAUGAUGGUCUCGAUGACAGUUCCAUUAUUGACGAUUUGCCAAAUGCUAGUUACGAGUGUAAAACAAAAAAUCUUGAUACACAUUAUUUGUGUAGCAGUGGUAGAGAUGCCAAAAUUGUUGGUGGUGUCAUAAUAAAAGAGGAGAAACCGCAACAUAGUUUCAGUGGCACAUUUUUACGACCCGAAGCACCGCCACCAACACCAUCACCCUUAAAACGAUUAUUGAUAAAACCACAUCAAGCGGAUUUCCAACGACAAGCUGAAAGAUGCUCGUCAAAAGAGAAAAUUAAACGCGAUUUAAAAAACGAAAUCCUCACAAUUGAUCGAGCAUAUCAAUUGAAUGCAACCCAUAUAGACGAUGCGGCCGUGGAUAAUAUCCAAACCAUUGAAAAUAAAACAAACGACAUCAAAAGUGCACCCACUAAUCAUGUUGUAGUCAGUAGCAACCAAUCGAUCUCAUCAUCUAGUUUCAAUAUUUUUACAAUGUCUAAAGACAAUACACCAAGUGGUAGUAGUAAUAGUAAUAAUUUAGUACCAACAUCAAAGGUUGAAACUUUAGGUAAAAAAGAGUGUGGUACUCAAGAAAGCGGCACAAGUGCUGCCGAACCGGUAUUUAAGUGCCUGGACUGUGAUGGUCUCAUACUUCAGGGACGAGGCGAAUACGCCACACACGAGGCUGUUGGACAUCGCGUGCACUACCGAUGUCCGGUGUGUGAUAACGAUUUUGAACAGGAAGCGGCUUUAAAGAAACAUGUAAAAACCCAUCGCUCCACAGAUCCACGAAAAGAUGCUUGGAAAAAAUGCCCCGAAUGUGGAAAAUGUCUUAAAUUGGGCAGCAUGUGGAUGCAUCGCAAAAUCCAUAGUGAUAACAAGAAAUAUGGCUGUGAUAUAUGUGGCCAAAAAUUUGUACAAAAGAUCAAUUUGACUCAUCACUCUCGUAUCCAUACUGCUGAAAAGCCUUACGAAUGUCCGGAAUGUCAAAAGAGGUUCCAAGAACGUUCACAUUUGCAAAGACACCAAAAAUAUCAUGCACAAACCCGCUCGUACCGUUGUGAAAAAUGCGGUAAAAUGUACAAAACAGAGCGUUGUCUUAAGGUGCAUAACCUAGUGCAUCUCGAGCAAAGACCUUUCGCUUGUAACGUCUGCGAUAAAUCCUUCAUAAGUAAUUCGAAACUCAAACAGCACUCUAAUAUACAUACUGGCGAACGACCAUUCAAAUGCAACUAUUGCCCAAGAGACUUCACCAACUUUCCGAACUGGCUGAAACAUACACGUCGUCGGCACAAAGUAGACCAUAAAACCGGCGAACAUUUGGAAAACAUUCCCUCAUAUUGUUCCAAGAAGUCCACCAAAGCGGCUAAAGCAAAGGCCGCCGAAGCUAACACAGAGGCAGCGUCAGCAUCGCUGACUACGAAGUCUAUUACAAACGAUUCCAAUAAAGUUUCAUCAGCGCAAAAUCUAAAGCCAGGCGACUCCAACGCGUCAACGCCAAAAUCUCAAGCAUCUAAACGCAAGAAAAAAUCGGAGCAAACACCAACGGUGCAGACUGCACCCGCGCCGCAACCGCCGCCACUAGUAUCGAUUAGAGAUGACCAUCCCUUGCCAACAAUCGCGGUAUCCACAUUAUCGGCGAACAUCAAAACCGAAGUGACGCGUGCGAGUAAUAUAAUGACUUCGAUACCGAUGUCAAUGUCACAACACUUGAAACCAGCAAUAGCAGUUGGCGCGUUAAACAACACAUUAAAUAAAAUUGGCACAAGCAAAACGGCUAAACCAAAGCGUGAGCGAAAACAACCGUCACCCAAACAAGUGCAAAAAGCUAUUCCGACAACACCAGCUUUGUUGUCUUCAAUAAAACGUGAAAAUACCGAAGCAGAUGCGAUCUUCAAUUCACAAGCGAGCAUAUCGUUACUAACAGAUACCCGGUGUGCAAUCAGUGGUUUCCCCGACCUGAGUAUCACUUCGGCAGAAGAGCUCAUUAUGGAGCAGGCGCUUGAAAUGGAAGAAUGCGGCUUGUAUGUGGGACAGCCCUCUGUUACAAUAGAUACCGAUAAUGCGAUCUCCUCAUCAGAAGCUACAGCGGCGCUACACUUUAAAAUAAAAAGUGAAUUCGAUCCAGUGGACUUGUCUUCGACGCGCAUUAAAGAAGAGGAUCAUGGUACAUUAAAAGACAUGAAUCAGCGGUUAUUAUGUUCAUCAUUAGAGUCAUCUCCGUAUUCUUCACCAGCAUCGAUCGAACUGUCGACAACGCCGUCUGUCAUGCCUAUGAUGCAGUCAGUGCACAUAAAUAAUAUUACCAAUAUGCAAACGACAUCUGAUGGUGUGAAUAGUUUUGGGCUAGAUCCAUUUACGCUAAAUGGCCAAUGCCCAAAAGUAGUUACUAGUCUCAAUAAUUCAUUGACGCACCAAACUGCCGCCGAUUUACAACACCAGUUGCCUCAAGCCACAACGCAUAUUGUGCCGGCGAAUACGCAUACGUUGCCAACAACUACGCAAGCGAUUAUCAAUCAUUUCUAUUUACAUCCGAUGACCACAAUGCCGUUGCUGGCGCAGUCUACAACAAACCAAAAAUUACCCUCGGUGAAUACUUUGCUAUUUUCGACAGCUGGAAAUACAGCAAAUGUCAGUUCCACCGCCUCCAGUGCCGCUGUUAACGAUGCAAGAUAUUUCCAUGGCAAGAGCAUAACGGCCCACGUAGUUGCUUCGCCGUCAGCAACGCCAGUGGGGCGAUCGAAGCUCACCUAAGCCGACAACGAUAGCAGUAUAUAAUGUCCACUUGACUAGUCAGCUGUUUAACUUUUCGUACAAAAUUCACAGAUGAGUUUUCCAGUGCGACUUGACCUUUUUUAAAACAAAACUUUAAUAUAUGCUACAAAAUAACUAGUUUUUUCUACAA